AUGAUAGAUGAUACCUCAUUGAACCUUUCCAUACCUCAAGACCAGCUCUUUAGCAUACAUGAUUUUUCACCUAAAUGGGCUUAUGCUGAAUCAGAAAUUCAGGUGUUUAUUAUUGGAACAGUUUUGAAGAGUAAACCAAAUAUGGAAACAUGUAACUGGUCCUGUAUGUUUGGGGAAGUUGAAGUUCCAGCUACUGUUUUAGCUAAUGGAAUUCUAUGCUGUCAAGCUCCACCUCUUGAGAUUGGACUGAUCCCUUUCUACGUAACUUUUUCCAAUAGAUUUGCUUGUAGUGAAGGUACCAGAAAGUAUAUUAAGUUGAAACGUAAGACCGAUGCUGAUCAAUCUAGUUCUGGAACUCCUAAGAAAUCAAAAACUGAACAUGUUCCCUAUGCUGAUAAACAACCGAAUCCUGGCACGGGCCUUGGGAAGGUGGUUCUAAAUGCAAGAGGCAGUUUACCAACAAAAGCUAGCAGAAAGGAUGUGAGGAAGUAUGAUGAUUUUGGCUUACCCAUUGAUGAUGAUGAUAGCUUACUAGUUCCUGAAAAGAAAGAGGGUGAUAGGCCACGGAAGACAACAAACCAACUCCUAACCGAAAUUAACCAAUUCCAACUUUCCAUUUUUCCCAACAACCUUUGA